UUUUCUACAGUCAUUGCUACCAUGCGCAACCUAUCAAAGCGGAAACCUUUGGAGGAAGCAGCAGGAGACACCCUUCAUAGAACACUGGAGAUAAAAGAACUGGAUGUCCAGAGUGAACAGUCGAUCAGAGAAUGUGUGGACAGCAUCCCUCAGAGACAUAUAGACAUUCUCAUUAAUAAUGCAGGAGUGGGGCUCAUUGGACCCAUAGAGUGCCAGUCCAUAGAGAACAUGCAAGGCGUCUUCGAAACCAACUUCUUUGGAGUUGUAAGGAUGAUAAAGGAAGUUUUUCCUGACAUGAAAAAGAGGAGAAGCGGGCACAUUCUGGUGAUGAGCAGUGUGAUGGGAUUACAAGGAAUUGUAUUCAAUGAUAUCUAUGCAGCUUCGAAGUUCGCUGUUGAAGGGUUCUGUGAGAGCCUGGUAUUCCAAGCCCUGAAAUUUAAUAUUUUCCUUACGCUGAUAGAGCCAGGUCCUGUGAUGACAGAAUUUGAGUUGAAAGUUUUUGAAGAUGCUAUACUUGGGGAUUACUCCAACACAGACCAAGAGACUACAGAUAUGUUUACAAACUAUUACUUGAAGAACACCAAAGCCAUAUUUUCUAGUCUUGGGCAGACUCCCGAGGAAGUUGCUGAGCACACCCUACGUGUAAUCACCAUGGAGUCGCCCCCUUUUCGCUACCAGACUAACCAGGUCUACACACCUCUUACUGCACUGAAAUAUGCCGAUUCUAGGGGCGAGCUGGUGACCGACUUAUUCUACAAGUUAGUUUUCCAACAUGACACAUUAAUGCAGGCCAGCCUUCGUGCUAUCAAGUUCAUCCGCUGGAAAGCACCGAAAGUCCAACAAGGAGCAAGGAUUUUGGGAUUUAUAUAGGAUAUCCGUUUUACAGAACAACUAUAAACCUAUGAAUGUUGUAUUUGUGACCCAGCUCAUCCAAGGCGCUUCUUCUGCAAGCUCCGUGUUAAAAGUGCAAGCAAGCAAAUGUGCAACUUUUUUUUUAUGCCAAACUCAUUUUAUUGUUUCAAAAACAUUUGUCAAAAACAAACUUAGUUCUUGGGUUUCAAAGUGUGAACACCAGCUACCUAGUAGUGUAGAUGUUUAGCUGCAUGAUGGGUUAGGAAAAUCGUGAAAGUUGGUGAUCAGACCACCUGUGGAGCAAGCCAUGUAAUGGCGGAGAGCCUUGUCCCUUGGAGAACGGAGAACUAACUGAUGCACAGUCUGUGACAGCCACCGAGCCGUGAGUUUCACUUCCCACUUCCAAGCACUAAAAUAUCUGCCCAUGGGUCCCAAGAGAGGUCACUCUAAUCUCUCAUCCACCACUUUGAUGCUGUAGACAUUGCAUCUAUAGAUCUAGAGACAACUAGAACUUUAUAAUAAAUCUUUUGCAUAUUUACCAACUAUCGCCUUCAAUGUCAUCACUGUUUUCAAUAGUAGUUUACUUAAACAUGAAUCAGUCACUGAUAGCCUUAAGUUUACAUAUACAUAGAGAACAUAUGGACCUUAUAAGUAGUAGAACAUAGUUAAUAAUAGUUAUAAAAUACAAGUAAUGCCAAAGAUAUACAGACAUCCAUAAAUAGCACUUGUGUACCAGUGUGACAUGCCAGGUGACAAGUCUACAGUAUUCGCAGUUACUUGCACACAGUCAUUGUCAUCUCACCAGACUGCAGACUUCAGAUUGUUAAAUGGAGAAAUGGCCACAGUAACGGAUGCUGCACCCAUUUUAUAGCAUGGGAUUGCAUGAGCAACAUACAGUACACUAAUAGUAUAUCUCAUACCUCCCACCAUGACCCAUUCCAGGAGGGACAAAAUGCUCUACUUCUGGACUUCCCUCCUUUCUUAUCAAUUAACCUCUUCAGCACUGGUGAUGGCAAUCAUAAAUUAAGAGAACAGCCAGGAAGAGAGGUAUGGUUUACAUGGCUGAUAACUGUGAGUGAGUGGAGACUAGAGGGAAGAGGUUGUUUCCUGCAUCUACCACAGAUGUACUCAAAAAUAAAGAUGACACUAUAUCAAAUGUUGUAAGUUGUGACUAUUCAGCUAUUCCAGCAGGACUACAAAUUCCAGCAUGUCUGAGCAGCUAGCUCUAAAAAAUGGUGCCAUGUGAAGUUGCCCAUCAGCUGGAUAGUUAUAUGUUGCUACAAUUACCCUCAGUGCUGGUGAAUAGCCAUUCCAUUGGGUUUUUGCAUUAACAAAAUGUACCUGUGUAAAAACCAAUAGUGGCCAAUCCCAAUUACAUUUC